CACUGGGCGCUGGCGCAGCCUAUGUCUCUUGCAGACGUCCAUGUGAUUGUGGCCGAGGAUGAGGAGAUGUUUACGGAGCUGGCCAUCAGCGGCCUACUGUCUCAUGGCUUAUCCGAGAGCCGCUUGAGGACAGCUGAAGAUGGACUUCAGGCAAUUGCCCAUCUCGAUGACCUACAGCAGCAGGAUCCAAACGCCAAGAUCGUGGCGUUCCUGGAUGUCCGCAUGCCCAACUUGGACGGCGAGGAGACGGCCAAACAGAUUCGCGCAAGACAGGUGGGACUCCCGCCAUUCCUGGUGUGUUGUUCUGCCAACGUGGAGUCCUUGUCCGCCUGCGCGCUGGA